AUGCUCAAUAAUAUGAUUUCCAUGCAUGCUUCUCUUAAACCUGUUGUUACAAAAAAAUUGCAAAUUUCUGAUGAAGAAUACGAUAAGUUGACUAAAAUUGCCGUAAAAGAAGUAGUGAAGAUAAAUACUUAUUUUCAAAUAGUUCGUGUUUAUGCAA